UCACUGGAUUAUUUAUUUAUUUAUUGUUAGUUUUUGAAUGUCUUGUUUCUUUUCUAUUUAUUUCAUUUCAUGCACAUUUACUAAUUGUGACAUAUUGCCAGGUACAUCUGAGAUUGAAGAAGAAAAACUGUCCAAAUUAAUCACAUUAAAUUUCGAUUUGGAUUAGUUUUCAAUCUAAUUCACGAACUCAACCCUUAUUUUUUUCAGUCUCAUUCUUCAAACUUGCAAUAAAAAAACACUGGAAAUGAAUUGAAGGAACAUCGUAUAUUUACACAAUUAAAGUUUUUAUUUCUUUAUAGUCAUAAUCUUCAUGUUCACAGUGGUAAGAUAAACACAGCACACAUUCCUAAUUCCUUCAGUAGUAUCUCUCCAUCCUUAGUCUCUUCCAAUCUGUUAAAAUGGGAAACUGCACAGCAUAUUGCGUUUGUGAACAGUCCCUUUUUUCUGCCGUCAUAAGACGCUGGGAAUAAGGAGCCAAGUUCAACCUGCGAAUAAGACGCUGGGAAUAAGGAGCCAAAUUCAGCCUGCAGAUAAGACGCUGGGAAUAAGGAACCAAGUUCAGCCUGCAAAUAAGACGCUGGGAAUAAGGAGCCAAGUUCAGCCUGCAAAUAAGACGCUGCGAAUAAGGAGCCAAGUUCAGCCUGCGGAUAAGACGCUGGAAAUAAGGAGACAAGUUCAGCCCUGCGAAUAAGACGCUGGGAAUAAGGAGCCAAGUUCAACCUGCGAAGAAGACGCUGCGAAUAAGGAGCCAAGUUCAGCCUGCGAAUAAGACGCUGCGAAUAAGGAGCCAAAUUCAACCUGCAGAUAAGACGCUGCGAAUAAGGAGCCAAGUUCAGCCUGCAGAUAAGACGCUGCGAAUAAGGAGCCAAGUUCAGCCCGCGGAUAAGACGCUGGGAAUAAGGAACCAAGUUCAGCCUGCAAAUAAGACGCUGCAAAUAAGGAGCCAAGUUCAGCCUGCGGAUAAGACGCUGGGAAUAAGGAGCCAAGUUCAGCCCUGCAGAUAAGACGCUGGGAAUGAGGAACCAAGUUCAGCCUGCAAAUAAGACGCUGCGAAUAAGGAGCCAAGUUAAGCCCGCGGAUAAGACGCUGGAAAUAAGGCGACAAGUUCAGCACUGCGAAUAAGACGCUGGGAAUAAGGAGCCAAGUUCAGCCUGCAGAUAAGACGCUGCGAAUAAGGAGCAAAGUUCAGCCUGCGGAUAAGACGCUGCGAAUAAGGAGCCAAGUUAAGCCUGCAGAUAAGACGCUGCGAAUAAGGAGCCAAGUUCAGCCCGUGGAUAAGACGCUGGGAAUAAGGAACCAAGUUCAGCCUGCAAAUAAGACGCUGCGAAUAAGGAGCCAAGUUCAGCCUGCGGAUAAGACGCUGGGAAUAAGGAGCCAAGUUCAGCCUGCGAAUAAGACGCUGCGAAUAUGGAGCCAAGUUCAGUCUGCGGAUAAGACGCUGGAAAUAAGGAGACAAGUUCAGCCCUGCGAAUAAGACGCUGGGAAUAAGGAGCCAAGUUCAGCCUGCGAAUAAGACGCUGCGAAUAAGGAGCCAAGUUCAGCCUGCGAAUAAGACGCUGCGAAUAAGGAGCCAAGUUCAGCCUGCAGAUAAGACGCUGCGAAUAAGGAGCCAAGUUCAGCCUGCAGAUAAGACGCUGCGAAUAAGGAGCCAAGUUCAGCCCGCGGAUAAGACGCUGGGAAUAAGGAACCAAGUUCAGCCUGCAAAUAAGAUGCUGCGAAUAAGGAGCCAAGUUCAGCCCUGCAGAUAAGACGCUGGGAAUAAGGAGCCAAGUUCAGCCUGCAAAUAAGACGCUGUGAAUAAGGAGCCAAGUUCAGCCUGCGGAUAAGACUCUGGGAAUAAGGAGCCAAGUUCAGCCUGCAGAUAAGACGCUGCGAAUAAGGAGCCAAGUUCAGCCUGCGGAUAAGACGCUGGGAAUAAGGAGCCAAGUUCAGCCCUGCAGAUAAGACGCUGGGAAUAAUGAACCAAGUUCAGCCUGCAAAUAAGACGCUGCGAAUAAGGAGCCAAGUUCAGCCUGCGGAUAAGACUCUGGGAAUAAGGAGCCAAGUUCAGCCUGCGAAUAAGACGUUGCAAAUAAGGAGCCAAGGUCAGCCUGCGGAUAAGACGCUGGGAAUAAGGAGCCAAGUUCAGCCCUGCGGAUAAGACGCUGGGAAUAAGGAGCCAAGUUCAGCCUGCGAAUAAGACGCUGGGAAUAAGGAGCCAAGUUGAGCCCUGCGGAUAAGACGCUGCGAAUAAGGAGCCAAGUUCAGCCCGCGGAAAAGACGCUGGGAAUAAGGAACCAAGUUCAGCCUGCAAAUAAGACGCUGGGAAUAAGGAGCCAAGUUCUGCCCUGCAGAUAAGACGCUGGGAAUAAGGAGCCAAGUUCAGCCCUGCGGAUAAGACGCUGGGAAUAAGGAGCCAAGUUCAGCCUGCGGAUAAGACGCUGGGAAUAAGGAGCCAAGUUCAGCCUGCGGAUAAGACUCUGGGAAUAAGGAGCCAAGUUCAGCCUGCGGAUAAGACACUGGAAAUAAGGAGACAAGUUCAGCCCUGCGAAUAAGACGCUGGGAAUAAGGAGCCAAGUUCAACCUGCGAAUAAGACGCUGCGAAUGAGGAGCCAAGUUCAGCCUGCGAAUAAGACGCUGCGAAUAAGGAGCCAAAUUCAACCUGCAGAUGAGACGCUGCGAAUAAGGAGCCAAGUUCAGCCUGCAGAUAAGACGCUGCGAAUAAGGAGCCAAGUUCAGCCCGCGGAUAAGACGCUGGGAAUAAGGAACCAAGUUCAGCCUGCGGAUAAGACGCUGGGAAUAAGGAGCCAAGUUCAGCCUGCGGAUAAGACGCUGGGAAUAAGGAGCCAAGUUCAGCCCUGCAGAUAAGACGCUGGGAAUGAGGAACCAAGUUCAGCCUGCAAAUAAGACGCUGCGAAUAAGGAGCCAAGUUAAGCCCGCGGAUAAGACGCUGGAAAUAAGGCGACAAGUUCAGCCCUGCGAAUACGACGCUGGGAAUAAGGAGCCAAGUUCAGCCUGCAGAUAAGACACUGCGAAUAAGGAGCAAAGUUCAGCCUGCGGAUAAGACGCUGCGAAUAAGGAGCCAAGUUAAGCCUGCAGAUAAGACGCUGCGAAUAAGGAGCCAAGUUCAGCCCGUGGAUAAGACGCUGGGAAUAAGGAACCAAGUUCAGCCUGCAAAUAAGACGCUGCGAAUAAGGAACCAAGUUCAGCCUGCGGAUAAGACGCUGGGAAUAAGGAGCCAAGUUCAGCCUGCGAAUAAGACGCUGCGAAUAAGGAGCCAAGUUCAGCCUGCGGAUAAGACGCUGGAAAUAAGGAGACAAGUUCAGCCCUGCGAAUAAGACGCUGGGAAUAAGGAGCCAAGUUCAGCCUGCGAAUAAGACGCUGUGAAUAAGGAGCCAAGUUCAGCCUGCGAAUAAGACGCUGCGAAUAAGGAGCCAAGUUCAGCCUGCAGAUAAGACGCUGCGAAUAAGGAGCCAAGUUCAGCCUGCAGAUAAGACGCUGCGAAUAAGGAGCCAAGUUCAGCCUGCGGAUAAGACGCUGGGAAUAAGGAGCCAAGUUCAGCCCUGCAGAUAAGACGCUGGGAAUGAGGAACCAAGUUCAGCCUGCAAAUAAGACGCUGCGAAUAAGGAGCCAAGUUAAGCCCGCGGAUAAGACGCUGGAAAUAAGGCGACAAGUUCAGCCCUGCGAAUAAGACGCUGGGAAUAAGGAGCCAAGUUCAGCCUGCAGAUAAGACACUGCGAAUAAGGAGCAAAGUUCAGCCUGCGGAUAAGACGCUGCGAAUAAGGAGCCAAGUUAAGCCUGCAGAUAAGACGCUGCGAAUAAGGAGCCAAGUUCAGCCCGUGGAUAAGACGCUGGGAAUAAGGAACCAAGUUCAGCCUGCAAAUAAGACGCUGCGAAUAAGGAGCCAAGUUCAGCCUGCGGAUAAGACGCUGGGAAUAAGGAGCCAAGUUCAGCCUGCGAAUAAGACGCUGCGAAUAAGGAGCCAAGUUCAGCCUGCGGAUAAGACGCUGGAAAUAAGGAGACAAGUUCAGCCCUGCGAAUAAGACGCUGGGAAUAAGGAGCCAAGUUCAGCCUGCGAAUAAGACGCUGCGAAUAAGGAGCCAAGUUCAGCCUGCGAAUAAGACGCUGCGAAUAAGGAGCCAAGUUCAGCCUGCAGAUAAGACGCUGCGAAUAAGGAGCCAAGUUCAGCCUGCAGAUAAGACGCUGCGAAUAAGGAGCUAAGUUCAGCCCGCGGAUAAGACGCUGGGAAUAAGGAACCAAGUUCAGCCUGCAAAUAAGACGCUGCGAAUAAGGAGCCAAGUUCAGCCUGCGGAUAAGACUCUGGGAAUAAGGAGCCAAGUUCAGCCUGCAGAUAAGACGCUGCGAAUAAGGAGCCAAGUUCAGCCUGCGGAUAAGACGCUGGGAAUAAGGAGCCAAGUUCAGCCCUGCAGAUAAGACGCUGGGAAUAAGGAACCAAGUUCAGCCUGCAAAUAAGACGCUGCGAAUAAGGAGCCAAGUUCAGCCUGCGGAUAAGACUCUGGGAAUAAGGAACCAAGUUCAGCCUGCAAAUAAGACGCUGCGAAUAAGGAGCCAAGUUCAGCCCUGCAGAUAAGACGCUGGGAAUAAGGAACCAAGUUCAGCCUGCAAAUAAGACGCUGCGAAUAAGGAGCCAAGUUCAGCCUGCGGAUAAGACUCUGGGAAUAAGGAGCCAAGUUCAGCCUGCGAAUAAGACGUUGCAAAUAAGGAGCCAAGGUCAGCCUGCGGAUAAGACGCUGGGAAUAAGGAGCCAAGUUCAGCCCUGCGGAUAAGACGCUGGGAAUAAGGAGCCAAGUUCAGCCUGCGAAUAAGACGCUGGGAAUAAGGAGCCAAGUUCAGCCUGCAGAUAAGACACUGCGAAUAAGGAGCAAAGUUCAGCCUGCGGAUAAGACGCUGCGAAUAAGGAGCCAAGUUAAGCCUGCAGAUAAGACGCUGCGAAUAAGGAGCCAAGUUCAGCCCGUGGAUAAGACGCUGGGAAUAAGGAACCAAGUUCAGCCUGCAAAUAAGACGCUGCGAAUAAGGAGCCAAGUUCAGCCUGCGGAUAAGACGCUGGGAAUAAGGAGCCAAGUUCAGCCUGCGAAUAAGACGCUGCGAAUAAGGAGCCAAGUUCAGCCUGCGAAUAAGACGCUGGAAAUAAGGAGACAAGUUCAGCCCUGCGAAUAAGACGCUGGGAAUAAGGAGCCAAGUUCAGCCUGCGAAUAAGACGCUGCGAAUAAGGAGCCAAGUUCAGCCUGCGAAUAAGACGCUGCGAAUAAGGAGCCAAGUUCAGCCUGCAGAUAAGACGCUGGGAAUAAGGAGCCAAGUUCAGCCCUGCAGAUAAGACGCUAGGAAUAAGUAGCCAAGUUCAGCCCUGCGGACAAGACGCUGGGAAUAAGGAGCCAAGUUCAGCCUGCAGCCAAACGAAUCAGUCACAUUCCCAUAAAAUCCAUGGAGUGAUCUGGGCAUGCCUGUUUAUCUGGCAUUUGGCUUACUUCCAAAAACCUUCACACAUCUCCCGGGACAUGUGAGAGCACACCUUAAGGAGAGUAUUAGCAUAGCGAAGCAGAAUAUUGACAAGACAGCGAAGGGACACAGAUGUUACAAAAGAUUUACAGAACCUACAAGACUGUGCUUCACUUUGGAUGUUUGAAGUGCCUGCCAAAAAUAAAGGAGCUAUGAAUGACCUGAGGAUUGUGCUUCUCGGGAAAACAGGAGCUGGAAAAAGCAGCUGUGGAAACACAAUACUCAAUGAAGAUGUAGAUGUAUUCCCCACUGGACAUUCAUCUUCCUCAGAAACCCACAAAUGUGAGUCUAGAACAAAGCUCAUCAAUAAAAAGAAAAUAUCAGUGGUUGAUGCACCAGGACUUUGUGUCACAAGUCUUCCUGAAAAAGAAUUAAAGUCUGAAAUACUGCGGUGUAUUGUUGAUAGUGCACCAGUACCACACGCCUUCGUGAUUGUGCUCAGAGUUGAAAGAUACACAGAGCAGGAGAAGGAACUAGUGAACAAAAUAACAGCUGCAUUUGGAGAGGAAGCUUUAAAAUAUGCAGUGGUCCUCUUUACCCAUGGUGAUCAGCUCUCUAAAGACCAGAGGAUUGAAGACUUUGUAAAACAGAGCACAGAGUUACAGGGUCUGGUAGAUAAGUGUGGAGGUCGUGUUCAUGUAAUUGAUAAUAAAUACUGGAAUCAGCAGAAGGAUGAGUACAGAAACAACAGAGUUCAGGUAGAGAAGCUACUGAAGACCAUAGAGGAGAUGGUGAGGAAGAAUGGAGGACAGUACUACAGUAAAGAGAUGCUGCAGGAGGUCAAGAGAGCAAUAGAAGUAGAAUGUGAGAACAUUAUCAGGAAUAACAAUGAAGAGUCACAAGAUGUCAACAAUAAUAUAUUACAACAAGCAAAACAAAGAGUGCAUACAAAACUGUCAAAAAGAUUAGUGGGGGUGACAGUAGGGGCUUUGCUAGGUGCUCUGCUUGGCUUUGGAGCAGCAUUAUAUGUGUCUUAUAAAGCGGCACAGGUAGUGACACCACAAACAGCUGCUAGUGUGUCUAAGCCAGAAGCAAUAGUUGGGUCAGUAGCAGGGGUAGUAGGGGCAGUAGCAGGGGCAGUAGUAGGAGGAUGUGUAGGUUAUAAAGCUGUAGAGGGGGCAGAGACUCUGACUGACGCAAUGAAGAGAUCAGCUAACAUGGUCUGGGAUAACUCUGAAGCAGUGUAUGAAAAGAUUGAACAGCUCAUCAAAAGAUUUCAGAAAGUUGCUGUUAUUGGAAAAACAACUAUUUAAAAAAAGAGGAUAUAAUUAGAUUGUUUUUCCUAAAAAAAGCUUGAAUGUGGCAAACUGGUGUUUAUUAAUACAUUUAAACCACCCAAAGAACCAGUUUAAUGUAAUUUCAUAUCAUCACACCUGUGUAGAAUGCUUUGAUUACUCAAACAGUACUGUGUAGAAAUCAGAACCCAACUAUCAAUUAUUAAAACUGUGAUUAUGUUAUUAAUAUUUCAGCAACAUAAAAAAGCAUAAAGAAAACUUGCAUUUAACAGAAGAUUACACAGAAACCGCAACAGCUAAAUAUAAUAUUGAGUUCUAUAGUGUUUAGUCUGUCCACCUAUUUUUUUAUUAUAGCUUCCAGUCUUUACAGAAAACCAGUGACAUCGGAAUGUGUUCUUCAAUAACUGAAGCAUGUCAUUAUUGUGGUCUGGUAUUGCCCCUUUUUGCUUUUUCCUUUUUUCUUCUGUUCAAUAUUUUUCUACCAGGUUGACCUUCUGAUUUUGGGAUGGCCCAUGCGUCGUUUGCUCAUGCUUCUUGGUCUUUGACUAUGAUGUAUCAUUGAAAAUCCUCAACCAAGGAGCAGCGCCUGGCCAGGGUGCCCCACUCGGGCAACACCGUGCGGCCAUGUCCGUUUCGACCUUUGAUUGCUUCUUGUUGUCUGUUUUAAUGUAUUAAUAGCCUAGUAGGUCAUUAAUUGCCAUCUUUUGGAUAAAUGGAUUUUAAGUUUGGACAUUUGGAUUUAAACUGACUACUAUGGAUUACUGAAGGGUUGCCUUGACAUUUAUAGAUCUUUCUUCUAAGCUAGUUGGCUUUUUAAUUCUGUCUUUGGAAGCUGAGCUCUGUGUACAAUUACUAAUGUUAACCAAGACUUAUAGGUGCUGUAGGGGUGGGUGCUCUUUAUAUGAUAACGUUUUCUCCUGUUUUGCACUCAGUGAGUUAGGGAAGAUGUUUGUAUUUUAUUUUUCUUUUGUUUUGGAUCAGGAAAGGAACCAUCGUGAGGUGGUAGGUUUGAUUUUGUUUGUUGUUUUUGCCUCAGCCCACCCUGAAGCUAUCUAAUCUUUUUCUUGUCAUGUUGAUUUAUAUAUUGUCCAUGUACUAUAAAGAUACUUGGUAUAAUGAAACGUAAAGUAAAACAAAUGAAUAUAAACGUUUUGGCUUUAAUCAAA